CAAAACAACAAACGAUCGAUAUUUAGUAAUUACCAGUUGGAAAAAUUGGAAGAGAGAUUUUUGAAGCAAAGUUUUUUGAGUAGAGAGGAGAGGGUUGAGUUUGCUGAUGUUGUCGGACUGACUGAGAGGCAGGUUUUGAUUUGGUUUCAAAAUCGAAGGUAA